CAGACAGCAGCAAGUGGAGCGGUUUGAAGCUAAGCUAAUUCAAUCCCGCUGCAGCGAGUUCAUUUUGAUUGUUUGCAUUGGUUCCGUUUGCAGCGCCCGCGCGUAUCUUUUUGAGAAAUAUCGGAGCUACCUGUGAAUGUUUCAGCCGGCGGGCUAAGAAGCAGCACCGGGUAUUUAUUUAGGUAAACCGCGUCUGUGCCGCUAGCUGAAUUGGCGCCAGUAGUGUUUGACAACAGCGUCAUUCGGUCACAUUCCUUGUGGCGGUGUUGUUGUUUGUAGCGGCUAAGUGAACGAGCUAAUUUCCGUUAGCGGGAAGAAAAAAAUUGAAAAUAAAGCUCACUGGUAGCUAACAUAAAGUUAAGAAUGGCAGAGUUCCUCGAAGAUCCGUCGGUCCUCACAAAAGAAAAGCUGAAGAAUGAGCUUGCGGCCAACGACGUCGCGCUUCCCGGCGGAGAGCACAAGAAAGAAGUGUAUGUGCAGUUGUAUCUGAAGAACUUAACCGUGCUCAACGAUCAGAAGAGUCCGCCUGGAGACACCUUCUCCAGCGACGAGGAGCUGCCGACCCCCGUGGUGUCCAACAGAAGUCAAUCUGGAAGAAAAGCUACCAAAAAGACAGACAAGCCUCGUUUGGAGGAAGUGGAAGUGACAGAUCUCACUGAUGAAGAUUUGAAACAACAGCUGGAAAAACAUGGUGUGGACACGGGGCCCAUUGUCGCCACCACCCGUAAGCUGUAUGAGAAGAAGCUGCAGAAGCUUCUGGACCAGCCUCCAGCUGAACCUGAAGAUCCUACCGACGUCACGGCUCUCCCCAAGGGAGACAGUAACCAGAAUGGCAACAACAAUUCUGACCAGUACAGUGACAAGGAAGAUGAGGAGAUUGGUGUCCCUGAACCAGAGCCAGUUCCUGUAGUAGAGAGGUCUGUGAGGAGCAGAGAGGAAAUUCCAGUUACCUUCAGAACCAGCAGCAGCAGCAGCAAACGACAAAUUCAGGUGGUGGAGGAAAUUAUUACUGAAGAAACUCCACAGAAGGCCAGUGAGAGUGUUGUUGAAGAUAUUCUUGCCAAUGAAAUAAACACACCAACAAGCAUGAGUGCGACCUGCAGGCGUCCGAUCCGAGGGGCAGCUGGCCGGCCAUUAAAACCCAGCGAAUACUGGCUGGACGAGUCCCGUUUGCAGCACAGCAUCCACACCGAGGCCCGCGCUUACUCUGAGUCUAUCUCCAGAGUGGGCAGCUCCGUCUCCUCAAGCAAGGCGCCGGCCCGACAAGGCUUCCUGUCCAUGUUGUUCAAGCUCCUGCUCCUCGUUGCGGUGGGUGGUUCUCUCUUCUAUGCCUACCAGAACCUGGAUGCCGACUGCGUCAACACCCUCAAAGGCCUCCUGGACAACGUCAUCGUCCCCCUCCAGGGUGCCGUGAACAACGCAGCCACCUACCUGGGCAUCGGCAGCAGCGGUGCUGCAAAGAGCGCCGGUAAGUAAAGACCCUCGACAGUCUCUCCCCGUGCCCACGCCACCUCCUUGCCGCCUGCCACAGCACAGCCCACCUCAACUCAAACUGCAAUCUUGGCUCGCCUCUUCUUUUCACCCACAUGGUUGGACAAAGGUAACCAAAUUAAUUGGAACGCUGAACUUUCUCCUUUCUGGACUUUGGCUUUCCUCCCACCACGAGAGGAAACGGUAGCUUCUGGAUAACACUGUUUUGUGGCAGUCAAAGAGACUCAUUUUAAUCUGUGAAUCGUUUGUCUUUGUGUGUAUUUGAUCCUUGUGUGUAGAAAAAUGUGCAGAAUGGAGAGGCCAGUUUGUCCAUGCAUGGUUGUAGUUUUUGACGGUCAUACUGUAGUUUCUUCCUCUCUAUGCCAGGUGUUCUUCUGAUGUUGAAGUGCCUGGACACACUUAGCACGUCGUGCCCUCCCAUUUCAAGCACGAAGCCGUGCUAAUACUAAUACCAGAAUGUUAGAUGUGUUUCUCUGAAUUUCAAAAUUAGCUCUGUAGCUAUAGAAUUAGGUAGAGUGAUUUCAUUUUUUCUAUGGUGCUCAGGUCAAUUCAGCUCAAACUUUUUUGUGUGGUCUGUGCUGGGAGGAGACGCGCUGUGUAAUCGGGUCGCAUCGCUGCAUGAGGAAAAUCCGCCCACGUUCAGGUUGAGUUCUGAAAACUUUCAUUGGCUGGGCUCUAUGACUAAAAUUAUGAUUCUAUGUAUUGUUAUCAACAUUUGAACUAGUACUGUUUGAGGGAGUAUUUAAACUUUUGAGUUCUUAUCAAUUUACAAACAAAUUGUAAAUGAAACAGGUUUUUUUAUAGUUUGGAUUAUCUUCCAUUUAUUUGACAAUUUCUCCUUAAGGAAACUAAAAUUGCAGUCUUCGAUCAUGGAUUAUUGAUUUUCCAGUUGUGCCAGUGUGUCUAUUUGAGUUUACGAGUUUUGGGUUGUUGUGCUCUGUUGUGCUUCUUUUCCCUUUUUUUGUUUUUUAUUAGAUUUCUGAUCCUUCAGUCCUAUAAGCAGGAUUGGCUGUUGCAGUGCACCCACAUAGCCCACCAUAUGGACUGCAUGUGUCCAGACAUGGAGAAAGUGAAUCCUUUUGGGACAGUUAAUCCAGUUAUUCACGCCAGAGCUCUUUGACUGAGCAAAUUACCACAAUUAAGAGAUGGUAUGUGUCCGUUACUUGCUGGGAGAAAGGAUCGAUUCAUUCACUGAUGGGAGGGGAGGGUUUCUGGGGGAACUUUGUUUCUCUUUUGAUAUUUUUCUAAAAUGGUAUGUUUAACUUUUUAUACAACAUUUGAAAGCAAUAUGUAAUACAUGACAGUGAAACUGUAUCUUCAUUUGAAUUUUGCCGACUUGCCACAAAUGAGUCGUUAACAGGCAUUUCUCCCACAAUGGACAAACGCAACAGGGGUUAUGUGGGUAAGGAUUUUUUUAGAUUAGUUUAUUUAUGAUAAUGUAGGCAAUGUAUCAUAAAAUAAACAUGGCUGUUACCAGA